UCCGUUUCUCUUUUUAGUAACCAUCAACCAAAGAAGGAUUGCUUGCAUAAAAAGACAAUCAUGUGAUGAGAAAAAAAAGAAGAAAAAAUGGGGUUUAGACCAUAAAUUUUACUUUCUUCUUAUUUCUCUAUUAUCAAUGGCAGACAUUAUACCAGGAGCGAAUGGUAUACCACCAUUGCCUAUUUCUUACUAUGAAAACUUUCUUGAGAGUUUAGCUCGAAUUGUUUCUAAACUCUUGACUGAUCAAGAAACAGAAACAGUUAUUUCGUCCAUAAGAUCAUUUCAAGAACGACUGAAACGAGUGAGCAGUCAAAACUUGAGUCGUCUCAGCAUGGAAAUAUCAGCAGCAGAAAAUCCAAGUCCCGGCUUGUGUCGACACGAAGGCAAGACGUGUACACAGAAUUGUACACGUGGAUUCAUCAAGACAUUUACAGUUGCGUUUGCUGUAAAGUACCUCAUUGGCGUCUUACCCACACUCUUGUCUGGCAAAAUAUUAAAGAGGCCGGGCGUUUUAAAGCAAAUGGCCGGAAGAGAUACAGCUUGUUUUGCCUUGUUUUUGAGUACCUUUAUUAGUAGUUACAAAGGAAUUUUGUGUGCUAUGCGUCGUUAUAGAAAGACAAAGGACAGGAAAUCAGAUAGAUUAAAUGCAUUUGUAGCAGGCAGCUUGGCAGGUUUAGCUCUCGCUUUUGAUCGUGACAAGCGUAGAAGGCAGUCUAUCAUGCUCUAUUUGUUCACAAGAGCUCUCCAAUUCAGUGGUGCAUGGUUGAUGAAACACUGGGCUAUCAAGCGAAAAGAAAAUCAUCCAGGAGAAAAAAGAUGGGACGAUUGUUUUGCCGAGUUUAUACAGCGAUUUUCUGGUGUUGGUGUGAUGAUGUUGGCCAAUGCUCAAAUUAUCUAUGCCUUUUUAUUUAACCAUGAUACUCUGCCUCGGUCAUUCUUUGCCUUUUUAUUGACUCAUGCUAGCUUUAAAAAGUAUUAUGAUGGAAUGGCUGCUCGUAUUGCAGAAGCUGUUGGUGUGACAGUACAUCAAUUGGUUGAAGAUGGUAUCUCUAUCAAAGUGCCUGAAGGUGUCACUAGUCAAGACUUCAUUUCUCAAUAUGUCAGUCCAAACAUUGCUAGUUCAAUUCAUCCCAAACUACACCAUAAAUACAUUAUGUGUUCUAUUCAACAUCCCUUGACCUCUAGUUGCACCAUAGACAAGUUUGGAUUGUUUAAAGAUGAAUUCCUUCGAUCACUCAAGCUCUAUGUACCUUUGAAUGUGAUCAUGUUGGCAGUAUUUAGAUCAAAGCAAAUGAGAAUAGACCCUCAAACAGUUCUGCAAAAGUUUAGUAUAUCUUGUCUUCGGUCUGCCUUGUUUUUGACAAUGUAUGUUGUUAUGGGCUUGUCUACUCCUUGUACACUUCGUCGAGUAACAGGCAGAGAUGCUCCUUGGAUCUAUGCUGCAACAGGAGCAGUGGCUGGUAGUAUGGUGGCCAUUGAAGCACCUGGUCGUCAAUUAGAACUUGGUUUAUAUUGUCUUCCUAGAGCCUUAGAAUCCUUCUGGAAGACAUUGUUGAAGAGUGGCAAAGUCAGGAAUAUACCACAUGGAGAUAUUUUGUUGUUCAUGACCUCUAUGGGAACCUUAAUGACUUUGUAUCAAAAUGAGAAAGACACUAUUAAUUCUCAUUAUCUGAGUGUGAUGACACGCUUUUUUGGUCAAAAUUAAAUUUUGAAAAUAGAGGAUAAUAAAGGGGGAAAAACUUUGCUAUUUUUUUUUU